UAUGAGAUUCAUGCCCGACGGUACUCCUUGCGUCAUGCCGAAGAUCUCCUAUAUGCUUUUUCUCCAUAAAUCUGCAUAAUUCGCCUUUGUUGGGAUUCGAAACUCAGACCUCUUAGUGUAGAAACAUUAAAUCUUAGAUGUACGUUUGACCCAGCGAAAAAAAAUCUUAGCUGUAUAUAUUUAGAAUACUGUAGUCAGGUUACUGUAGGUGGUCGGAGACUUGAUUUUGUAUAAAAUUGUAUACAUUCACACUUCACAUUAGAGUUUCAAUUCUAAACAAUCACAUUCAAAAUUUUAAAUUGUAAAUAAUUCAAUACUUGUGAAUAGCAAUAUGCUUAAAUUCAAAGACUGCUACCGGAAUCGCAGUCAUUUUCAUAUCUCCUAAUGUAAACAAGUAAAUGAUUUCCUCUACAAAUUAACAAUCUCCAAAAGCUCAGAAAACAAAAUUUUACGAACUGUUAUGAAUUUAAAAUAAAAAUGUGUAUAGAAUUUCUUAUAUUUUGUCUUUUUAAUAGAUAAGAAAAUAAUUCGUUCUAAUAAUUUCUGAAUAUAUUUAAGAGACUUUACAUGGAAAUUGAAGCCUUUAGAGGUUUGUAAAAAAGAAAAUCAACAAAUUAGUUCCUCGCCAACCUUGGGCCCAAAUACCUUCCACAAAUAAAAGAAAUACAAAAAACGAAAGUAAGGCACAUGAGAUGGGUUACAACUAUUAGCAUUUGAGAUGCAUACAUAUUACAAACACAGUGAACAUCUCCACCGACCCAAUAAAGAAAGAAAAACGAUACAAUGUUUAGCUAUUCAGUCAGCACAACAGUUAGAGCAUUACUUUUAAUUUAGGAUUCUUAACUUAUAAUUUGACCUUUUUUUUUACAAUUUUCAGCUAAGAGUCUGCUCAUAUAUCUCUUAUUUAAUAGAUGGUUCUUAAUUUUUUUUAGUUAAAAACUAAAAAACAGUUCUUAUCCAAAACUAAAAACUCAUCCUAAGAAUCCGGAUUAAUCAUGUUCAUACUCUCUGCUGAGUCUUUCCUUCAACAUCAACACUUCGUUUAUAAUUUCUAUACGAUGAAUUUUCUUUUCCAACAAAGGAGGUCAAAGCUCGCCUCUCAUCCUGCGAACAGAUUGUACAUAUCAAACCAGACGUUAGAUUUUUUUUUCCGUGAGCCACUUUAGUCAUGGACCUGAUAUGAUGCUUAUUCUCAGAUCACUAAAACGACUGGUUAAUCCCCACGAUGUGGCAUCCUCCUACAACCAUUUCAUUUUUACCACAUAUAUAGGUCAAAUAUUAAUUUACAUAUUAUGACUUUAGAUUUUAUAUACUGACACGGCACGAAAUACUUGGUGACAUUUUCUGGAGAUCUUGAUGAACUAUAUAAUGAUAAAAAGAAGAAAAGAAAUUCUAUAACUAUAUAAAAUUUCUGCAAGAUCUUCAGAUGCAUUGUACCUAACAAUUGCAUUGUUAGUCGUAAAGUAAGAUUAAAUUAUUUUAUAUUGCUAAAAGAGUGUGGUCAAAUAAUUUUUUUUUGACUGAUUGGUCAAAAAAAUUUGUGAUCUCGUCUGCAUGAAUAUAGAAUAUUAUAUUUUGUUAUUUUAAGGAAGGUCCAAUACAGCCAUACAGGCAUGCACAUUCAUGCAAAUAUAUAGGGGUAAUAUAUAUGAAACCGUGUUAACUUUUUGUGUGAGUUUGGUAUAAUAAGUUGAAGCUCCACACUACUGAAUUGAAUCCAGCCGUAAUAUGAUGCGUUUUGGGCUACAUAUAAGUGUAUAUAUAUAUAUAUAUUAUUUUUUUUUGAAAAAAGGACUACAUAUAAGUAUAUUUGAUUGAUCUUAUUCGUAGCUGAUUAUUGAUUUGUAGAAAAUUUCAUCCCAAUACGUACCACUUCACGAUCCUCACUUUAAAACUAGGGCUUAUUUGCUAAAUAACCAAAAAAAUAAAGGAAAUUAGAUUUUGAGAGAGAGAGUAGAGAGAGAUAGGAAGAGAAAGUAGGAGAGAGGGGGUGUUUUUAGUUAAUUAAUGAAUUUUGGUUUUUGUUGUGUAUACUGAAUGCAAUUUCCCUUAAAACUAUAUAUAUUUUCUAUGUAACUUAUUUAAAAAACUAUAUUAACACUAACUAAAAAUGGUUUAAUCUGUAGAGUUAACAUUUCAUGAUGAUAAAUAUUUAAAUAACAUAUAUUCGAAAUUCUGAAGUCCACUUUGAAGUUUUAUGUUGAGAGUUGGAUUUGAAAUUUUGAUCAGCGAGAAUCGACUAAUUGUUUUAUAUGAUUUUAUCGUUUAAUCAUACACUAUUUUUUAGUAAAGCGUUUGCUGUCAGAAACUCAAUAAUACGACAAGAACAUGAUCGACGCACUGCCCAUAUUUAUUAUAUUUUGAAGUCGAGCAUAUGAGCAUAUCUAUUAUACUGGUUGUUUCUCAUAAAAAAUAAUCAAGUAUUGUCCAUUUUGUUAGACUUUGACAUUUUAAUAGGCAGAUGUUUACAAUUAUAUAGCACGUCAUAAAGUUGUCAAAGUAAAUUAAAUAUGAAAUAUCACGAAAGACAUUUUAAUGAGAUGUUAAUAUUCAAACUUUUGUAGAAGAGCCUAGAAAAAGGUUGAACAUAACGAUAUAAGUUUGUAUGGGUCUAAGUCGACCGUUAAUGGCACUUAAUUAGGUUUUGUCGGUAACAAAAGAAGAAACAAUCAAAGGUAAAUAAUAUUUUAAAUUAGAAAGUUGUAACUGCAGUCGUGGAAAUUGUAAACGACGUUGAAAUGCAAAUAAAUAAUUUAAAUAUCAUUCGUUUUUGUCAUAAUGCAGUUCUUCUAUAUUAUCCGCCAUUUAUAAGAUUUUUUUAUAGUGAUUGUUAUUUUCAUAUUAUUUGAUGGGCUAUAUUUUCAGUAUGAGAAUUUAAAUAGGUUUUCAAAUUCAUUCCGAUGUACAGUUUCUCUUAUCAGUGUUAGCAUUGAUUGUAUAUAUGAUAUACACAUCUAUAGUUAGUUUUUUUUUUGAGAAAACGGAUUGUCUCAAGAAUUUCAUCAAACCAUUAUUAACGAUUUUGCUAAAUUACCCUAAAAUUUAUACAAUAGGACUAGCAUAUUUGUACCGUUACUGUUUCCUUUUACGACGCUCCAAGAACAAAACCAGAAGUCAAAAGGGGAGGCAAAAAAUGUGUAAAACCUAGAAAGAUACGAAGAAGCAAUCAAUUAUGGCAUGUGAGUAAGAAAAAAAGGAAGUCAAAUAUAUGUUCCUCGUUCGUUCCAUUAGAAUAUAAUAUUAAUAAACUUAGAUAAGGACAGUUUUACAAAGAGUAUAUAUGAAAAAGUAUUUGUAUUUUCCGUAUAUUGACUUUUUAAUAGCUGUGAAUUUCUGCCAUUUCCUCUAUAUUUAAAGCCCCCAAGCUCCUCUCUCUCUUCUUCCCAUUAUUCAAAGUUUCAAAUCAAUUCACAUCCUCCCUAAAUCCAAAUACCACAGCUCGUAGCAAGAUACAUAUAGUAUACUCUUGUGUUUGUUUCCUUACCUUCUUUGAUCAAUAUAACUCAUUAGAGCUCUCGUCAAACUCGUAACCUCUCAAUGGAUGAAGAGAUCGAGAUUCCUCCGUUCUUCCUUUGCCCCAUCUCUCUAGAGAUCAUGAAAGAUCCGGUGAUAGUCUCUACCGGAAUAACCUAUGACAGAGACAGCAUCGAGAAAUGGCUCUUUUCAGCAAAAAAGAACUCGUGUCCGGUCACCAAACAAGACAUAACCGACGCAGAUCUCACCCCGAACCACACUCUUCGCCGUCUGAUCCAAUCUUGGUGCACUGUAAACGCAUCCCACGGCGUAGAGAGGAUCCCCACCCCAAGACCUCCUAUCUCUAAAUCUGAGAUCGAAAAGCUCUUAAAAGAUUCAGCCUCUUCUCAUCAAAACCUAGCCAAGUGUUUCAAAAGACUUCGUCAUAUCGUUUCCGAGAACGCUAGCAACAAGCGUUGUUUGGAGGCGGCAGGAGUACCUGAGUUCUUGGCCACCAUCGUAAGCAAUAAAGACUCUUCGAUGAGUUUGACCGACGAAGCCCUCAGCUUACUCUACCAUCUUGACACUUCAGAGACAUGUCUCAAGAAUCUUUUAAACAACAAGAAAGGUAACGAUAUUGUAAACUCGUUGACGAAGAUCAUGAACCGAGGGAUAUACGAGUCAAGAGCCUAUGCGACUUUGCUUCUAAAAAACAUUCUUGAAGUAGCGGAUCCAAUGCAGAUCAUGACUUUGAAGCCAGCGAUUUUCACCGAGGUCGUGCAGAUCUUGGACGACCGGAUCUCUCACAAGGCGACAAAAUCUGCGUUGCAUAUAUUGGUGAACGUAUGUCCAUGGGGAAGGAACAGACACAAGGCCGUGGAAGCUGGAGUGAUCUCUAUGAUAAUAGAGCUUCUCAUGGACGAGAGUUUCUCAUCAGAUAGGAGAGGUCCAGAGAUGGCCAUGGUGGUUCUUGAUCUAUUGUGUCAGUGUGCGGAAGGAAGAGCAGAGUUCUUGAACCACGGAGCAGCUAUAGCAGUGGUGUGCAAGAAGAUACUUAGGGUUUCUCAGACAGCAAGCGAUAGAGCUGUUAGGGUUUUGUUUUCGGUUGGGAGGUUCUGUGCGACGCCGGCUUUACUAAACGAGAUGUUACAGUUGGGGGUUGUAGCGAAGUUGUGUCUUGUGCUUCAGGUUAGCUGUGGAAGCAAGACUAAAGAGAAGGCAAAGGAGUUGCUUAAGUUGCACGCUAGAAUUUGGAGAGACUCGCCUUGUCUCACAAGAAAUAUGAUUCUUGCAUACCCCUCGUGAUGAAAAACCAAGAGGACAACCUACAAUCAUAUACACGAGUCUGAUUCUCAACAAGUGCAAACACUUUAUAUGAAAGUUAUUCUUCGUACGUAUUUUGUUGGAAAGACUAGUGGUUUAUUCCUAUAGUGAAUCCAAUAUUUUUAGUUUUUUUUUUAAUAGUUUCGAUGUUCAAGAUGUAGAUAUUAGAUAAUAGCGGAGAUUGUUCAUCAAAUUUUAUUAGUAAUAAAAGUUGGGAAGAUAUGAAUGAAAUCGCAUGUUACAUGCCUAUUCUCACGUUAUUGUGAAAACGCUUCUAUUUG